UUUGUGUUGUUCCGCACGUUCCUCGUGUUCCUCAGGGCCCUCUUGCGGCGCGGCGCUUGCUCUGCUCCAUUGUGGCUAGGCUCUGCAGAAUUAGGAUGAAGACCUGCAUGGCACCAGCUUUUGGGAGAUGUCUACAAAAGGAGCUCUGGACAAAGUCACGGAAGAAAGAGGAUGUGCACCUGCCCUGGUUGUGUGGUGCAUGGGUGCGUUUGCAGUCACAAAACCAGCACAUUAACAGCGUUAAUAAUUAUCCCGGGAGACAGAGAGAGCCGUCUGCCUGUCUGUGCCACUUGGCCCCCACUGCUAUGGUCAGGCAAAAGGCAGCAGAUGGGAAAGCAGAAGAGUUCAAGUUGGUGUACAGGUUCCCAGGGAUCAAGUACUGCCGGAUGGUGUCCCGACUGAAGCUGCUGCAGACCGGCACCACCCUGCUCAUGCUGCCGCCUGUCUGCUACCUCUACCUGCAAGACCAGGUUUCUCAGGGUAUCUUCUUGUAUACAGCUGGCAUCGCAUUCUUUGCUGGUGCAGUGCUGUAUGGUAUGAGCUACUUUUUCAGACGAAUUAUUGGAUUAAUGUACUUAAGUGAAACUGGCCGUACGGUUAAAGUGGCCCACUUGACGUUUUGGGGAAGACGGAAUGACAUUUACUGUCCCCUAGAGACAGUGAUACCUCUGGAUGAAGUUGGAGAUAGCAAAGGGGAGCUACUUCUCCAGUUCAAACGCUAUAACAGUACAGACGUUUUAUACUUUACACUUAGGUUUGGCCAGAUUGUAGACAGACAGAAGUUUAUUCAAAUAUUUGGAGAACCUGAGUGAUACAGCAGCUGAUUUCCAGUGAUUUUCCUUGUUGCAUGUUCAUUGUGCUUAUUCUUCUGUGAAGUUUUAACUACCAAAGUGACAUCUGUCAUUUUCCUAUGCAAAGCUGGCUGGUAAGUGCACUUGGUGUAUAAAGUAGCAGUGCUAAAGA